UUUUAUCGCUGUAAAGAACAGAUUGAUUGGAAACGAUUUCUUUCAAAAUGCUAGAAAAAUCGAGAAAGAUUGAUAAAAAAUUAAGGCAAUCAAGAAUGCUCGGGAGAGGGAUAGGAGAUCUUUGCUAAGAGCUGAGCAGCUGUUGGCUUCAUCAUCGGCGACCACAUAUCUAUAAACUGCGGUUCCUCGACCACAACUUCAACAGCAUCCACCGGCAGAGAAUGGCUCCCAGAUGCACCAACCAUUAUUAAAGGCUCAUCAUCAACAACAACAACAACAACAACAACCGCAGCAGUUCCGUACAACACAGCGCGGAUCUCUCUCUCCCAAUUCUCCUACACUUUUAAUCUGAAUCCAGGUCAGAAACUUAUCCGCCUUCACUUCAACCCCACCACUUCCUACAACGGCUUCGAUGACUUGUUCACCGUCGAAGCCGGCCCUUACACCCUACUCUCCAACUUCAGCGCCUCCAUUACUGCACGUGCUCUUUCUCUCACUACUUUUGCUAAGGAAUUCUGCAUCAUCAUCACACACCAGAAUCACCUUCCCUUCAACAUUAUCUUCUCCCCUUCCCCUUCUUCUUCUUCCUCCAAAAACACCUACGCUUUCAUUAAUGGCAUCGAGAUUAUCUCAGUACCUUCCACCCUUUCCUACUGUCAUAGUGGAGAUGCUGGUGUCCAAUUGGUUGCCACCAAUUCCGUUAUCCACAUCGAUAAUUCUACCGCACUUGAAAUUGUUCACCGACUCAAUAUCCGCGGCAUGUUUGGGAUGUCGGCAAACAAGCUUGACAACAAUAAUAUCACCUGGAAAAUACCUGUGGAUGUUGGUUUCAGGUACUUGAUCAGGCUUCAUUUCUGCGAGCAAGGACUCCAAAUGGCGCAGGCUCAGCUCAAGGACUUUACACUUUUCAUUAAUGACAUGAUUGCCACCACCAGUGAGGACAUACACCGACAAAGGAAACAUCAAGGCAUCCUCUGGUAUAACAACUACAUGGUGAUGGUUAAUGGGAACAAACACGAGGGUAAACGUGAUAUCUUCGUUUCCUUGUAUUCUAAACAUGAAUUUAUGGAUGGACACAGUCCACUUGAAGGUUUUGACAUAUUCAAGUUGAGCAACAAUGACAAUAGUCUUGCCAGCCCAAACCCCUUGCCCCCCCCAACACGAGAUUCGUCGUCGUCCCGGGCUAUCCGAUUUCUACUCUCGGUUCUUGGUCGCAGAAAUGCGGUUGCAACUGCUGUCAUUGCUGUAAUUUGUCUGCUAAGUGUCAUUGUUCAUAUGCUGCCGCAAAAUUUGGGGGAUAAUUUUACCCUCGAGGAGGAAGAGAAGCCACCGGCAAGGACUAAUAGACUUUGCCGUUGCUUUUCACUAGCUGAGAUCCUGUCGGCCACUGAUGGCUUCAAUGAGGCAUUGGUUAUUGGAAAGGGUGGAUUUGGCAAAGUCUACAAAGGGUUUGUAGAAAACAUGCAAGAGAUUGUGGCCAUAAAGCGAUUAAAACCAGACUCGAAGCAAGGGAAGCGUGAAUUUUGGACAGAGAUUGAAAUGCUUUCUGAGCUUCGACAUGUCAAUCUAGUGUCCCUGAUUGGCUACUGCAAUGAGCAAAAUGAAAUGAUCCUUGUUUAUGAGCACAUGCCCUGUGGAACACUGGCUGACCAUCUCUACAAACUUGCUAGGAAAGGCAAUGUUUGGUUACCUCUCUCUUGGAAGCACCGACUUCAGAUAUGCAUUGGAGCUGCCAGAGGGCUGGACUAUCUUCACACUGGAAACGGAAUCAUACAUCGUGAUGUAAAGGCUUCAAAUAUAUUGCUUGAUAAAAAAUUUGUAGCUAAGGUUUCGGAUUUUGGCUUAGCCAAAAUUGAAAUUGGAAGCCAAGCUAGCACAAAUAUUGUUAAAGGCACAUUUGGGUAUUUUGACCCAGAUUAUCUUAGAACUCGUAAACUAACUACAAAGUGUGACACGUAUUCCUUUGGUGUGGUGUUGUUAGAAGUAUUGUGCGGGAGACCAGCAGUGGAGCCAUGUGCUGAAGAAGAUAAACAAAGCCUAACCAUGUGGGCUCGAGAUUACAUUAGUAAGGGACAAGUUGAGCAGAUUAUAGCUCCAAGUCUCAGGCGGAAAAUCUCGCCAGAUAGCCUGAAGACCUUUGUGCUGGUCGCAGGAAGAUGCUUGCGUGACGAUCCGAAGAAAAGGCCAGCAAUAGCAAACGUUGUACUAAAACUUGAGGUUGCACUUAAGCAGCAAGAGAAUGCAGAAUCUUUGGAACCGAGCGAGAUAACUAGUGUUGCUGAUGGUGUUCUAUCCACUGUUAGAGUUCAGCAUCAGGAGAACCAUAUUCCUUUGGUACCAAAUGAGAUAGCAGCAAAUGUUGCUAAUGUGUUGCCUCAACAGGAGAAUGUGAUAGCUCCAGUAACCAAUGUGAGAACAAAUGCGGUUGACGCCAUGCAGGAGAGAGAAAAAUCUUUGUCACCAAAUGAGAUAGCACGACAACUGAUGACGGCCUCUUCUAGUGUGCAAAAUGUUGCAUCACCCUUGAAAGAAAAAAAUAAAAGUGAAAUGAUUAGUUCUGGAAAAAAAGCAAUGCAUAGGCUAUCACAUCUUUUGCCGCCAUGGAAUGCAGUUUGGAGCUCUGCACUAAAACCAUCAAAGAGAAAGGAUCCAGCCAGCGUCUCGAUAUCAGCACCAAUAUCACGUAGGAGUAGAUUUAUGAAAUUGCGACAAGACAACGCUGUUCCUGACAAGGCAAUAAUAGGUGGAAGCAAUGAGUUGAUUGUAACUCCCAAUUUAAGGAUAUUCUCCUUUUCGGAACUGAAGGCUGCCACUAGAAAUUUCACAAGUGAUUCAUUUCUUGGAGAAGGUGGGUUUGGGAGCGUUUAUAAAGGCUGGAUCCAUGAGAAAUCAACCUCCCAAAAUGAAAGAGAAACCGUAGUUGCUGUUAAGCGGUUGAGUUCUCAAAGCAUGCAGGGAUUUCUAGAGUGGAAGGCUGAGGUGGAAUUCCUUGGAAGACUUUCUCACCCCAAUCUGAUAAAGCUGUUGGGCUACUGUUUGGAGGACCAACACUUGCUGCUCGUGUAUGAAUUUAUGCCAAGAGGAAGCUUAGAGGCGCAACUUUUUAGAAGAGGUUAUGCAUUUCUGGUGCUUCCAUGGGAGAUUAGACUCAAGAUAUUAAUUGGAGUAGCUCGUGCUGUGGCAUUCUUGCAUGGAUCAGAUGUACAAAUUAUCUUUAGAGACUUGAAGACCUCAAACAUAUUGCUGGAUGAGUCAUACAAUGCUAAGCUCUCGGACUUUGGUCUGGCAAGAGACGGUCCGAUGUCCGAUUAUUCGCAUGUGACAACUCAAGUAUUGGGGACAUACGGUUAUGCCGCCCCUGAGUACAUAGCAACAGGACACUUGUACGUAAAGAGUGAUGUAUAUAGUUUCGGUGUGAUCAUAGUUGAAAUGCUGACUGGGUUACGAGCAUUAGACAAAAAACGUCCAUCUGAACAACAUCGUCUUGUGAAUUGGAUAAAGCCAUAUUUACGCAAGCCAAAUAAGUUGAAGACUGUAAUGGAUUCACGUUUACAAGCAGGAUAUCCAUCUAAAUCUGCUUUUGAGAUUGCUCAGCUUGCUCUAGAUUGUCUCGAAAUCGAACCAAAAAAGAGACCUUCCAUGCAACAAAGUGUUGAGAUACUUGAAAGAUUAAUCGACAAGAAACCUAGAUACCCUAUAGCAGUAAACUUUAGUAAUCUAUAGAUCUAGCUAGUAUUUAUACUUGGCCAGAGAUUGUACACUAACUUGUACUGUACUACCUUUUUUUUUUUUUUUUUUUUUUUUCUGAUGCAAUAUAAAUAUAUAAUGAUUGCCUUGUUGUGUGUAAUUGGUGCUACCUAGCCAGUGAAUUUUAUUUUGUAAUUUUAGUGGGAAGUAAUUGUGUUGUAUUUGUAUCAGCUUAAUCUGAAACUGUGCUUGUUUAAAGAUUUGACUGACUGUAAGAAGAGUUUUCUUUUUUU